AAGUGCCAUUUACCAAUUUCUACCUUUUAAAAAAUAUAAAUACAUAAACAAUCAAAGAACUAAGAACACGAUCAAGUGAGAAAAUUGACAUUUAUGACAGCGAGACAGCACCCAUCAAUCCCAAACUGGUAUUUGCUUCAGAUCAGAUUGGCAACUACAUACCCCUCCUAAACAUCUUCAUCCACCCACUAUGUUACAGUGAACUUGCAAGUGAAAAUUGUAGAAACUAGAAAGUAAUUAAUUGGUCAUUUCAGUUAAAAAACCCAACAGCACCUGAUAAAAAGACUAUACACUCUGACUCAAUUCACCCUAAAAUCCAAUUGUUGCAUAAAACAAGUAACUAGAAAAUGUAAAAUGGGGCCUGAACUUUGGAGAAAAGGUAUGCUGCUACUGUAGGACUCCACUUCAUCGUGUGCAACCAAGAAAUUCCAUCUUAUCAGCAAAUGUGGAAUUAGUUGCCAAACUGGCGUCUUGUCCAUGGUGGCCUUUGCCAGCCAGCAUUGCCAUUGCGUUGUACAGCAUUGUUCUUGUGUGAAAAGACUCGCAUUCGCUCUUCCUUCAUGUUGGCAAACAGUGAGUCUAGUGUUUGAGGCUUCUGCUUAGGCACUGACUUCCCCUGUUGUUCCUCAUCCUGCUGCCGCUGCUGGGGCUGUACUAACAAGAUUGCUCACUUAGCAUCAAAACAGAAUAACUAAUGGAGCAAUAACUCUUAACAUUAACAUAGGACCCCAGUCUUUGCUGUUUAGAAGCAAUAAAUCCCAUUACCUUUGUCAAACCAACCAAAUGUAAAAGCUAUAAAAUGGCACCUAGAAAAUCCAUGGGUGUUCACAGUGUUCAAUAUAUGAUGUCAAUCCUGAAUGGUUACUAGCCAUUUAAACAUAAAAAACAUACCGACUA